GCGUCUCUCAGUUGUCGCCGCGGCGCUGUCGCAAGAUAUAAAAAAAAUAUAAAUAAAUAUAAAUAUAAUAAAUAAAUGCUUAUUUUUAUUUGAGCUACGUGCGCGGAUUUAAGUGACUAUAAUUGAAUUGAAAGUGCAAGCUGCGUCAGCCACUGAUACAGAUACAUUUACGGCUACAGCUACAGAUACAGAUAUAUUAAGAGAUUUGCCGUAGACGGAAACGGAUUGAAGGGCGCGUGUUGCACGCUGGCACGCGUCGUAUGCCGCUAUUGUCGCUCAAGUUGCCGAACCACAACAACAGCAAAGCUAACAAAGCAAAGCACACACGCACACUCCCACACGCACAUUAGCACACGCACAUAAACACACGCCCACACGCCCGCAUACACACUCACAUACACAUACACAUAAUAGCGAGCAAUGUGCUGCCUGCAUCUGAAGAACUUUAAAUGCGCGAUUCGAGUGCCCGCCCAGCGGUCAGCAAAGACAUUGCCCAAGUGCCAUAAGAGUUAAAGCGGCAGCCAGUGGUACCACUUAAAGGUUAGCGGCAGCUGCUGCGCAUAGCCAAAAAGCAAAAGCACUCAUAAAUUGUCACAAGUAUUCACACACAAAUACACGCAGCACACUCGCACACACAUUUGCACGCUUAAACAGCGUCAGCUGUACAGCAUGCCACGCCCACUGGUGCUGCUGCUCAGCCUGGUGCUGGUGCUGCUAAGCGGGCCGGUAUGGGCGCAGCGUCCGCUGCUGAAUCACACCUUCAACUCGCUGCCCAUGUCGCAGCACCAAAGCAACAACUACAACAACUACAACUAUCAGGGUCCGGGCAAGCAGCUGCGGAAUGGGCGCCUGCACGAGCAGCCGCAGCCGUUGCCGCUGCCCACGCUACCGGGCCUGGCACAGCCCGUCCAUGUCUAUGACGACUACGAGGGUGAGGCGAGCGCGGGCACUUUUGGUUCACGACCACCCCCGGGCAGCCGGCGCGAUACACGUCGCCGCCUUAAUCUGUCGAACGUGGGCGCAGGCGGUGCGCCACGCCCCGAGCGCGGCAACGGGCAGCGCGGUAUUGAGUCGCUGCGCAAGGAGCUGAUGAAGCCAUCGGUUGGCGGACCCGGCGGCGGUAUCUCCGGUAGCAGCGCCGGCUAUGCCUCCUACUCGGCCACCUCCUCCAUUGGCAAGAUCGAUGGCCUGGGCGGCAUCGGUUCCGCAGAUCGGUACGGCGAGCGACUGCGUCAGCCCACUGGUGCGGCGGCCAUGACAGCUGGUCCGGCAACGGGGCCAUAUUCCACAAGAUUUCCGCCACUCUACGCGGGCUUGGAUAGCCAGCCGAUACGUACGUACCCGCGCAAGAAUUCCAUCAGCGAGCUGCUCAAGCUGAAGAAGAGCUUUAACCAGGCGGACGAACCGGCCGGUGGUGUAACCCAUGGCAACAUGGAGGGCGACACCGAUGCCGAUGUGGAUCAAAUUGAUCCCAUACAACAAAUCAAGGAGCGCAUUCGGGACACAGCGCCAAAGCCGAACACCUAUUCACCACACACGGAAUCAACGCCCUCUACGGAAAUCGAAGAUUUGCUGGGCGUUAAAUGCAACUUUGAGACGUCCUGCGCCUGGAUUUGGACAGAGAAUCUGUCCGAUGGUUUUCAGGUGCUCAGCGGCACAGAGCUGGCCAAGAAGAAUAUGACGGGUCUGUUGCCUGGACCCGUAGCGGAUAGCAUAGACGAUGCCAAUGGUCACUUUUUGUAUGCCCGGGUGCAGCCCACCACAAAGCAGCUGAAUCUGACCUCGCCGUCGUUUAGCACCACUUUGGAGAAGUGCUAUCUGGAGGUUUACAUGCAUCAGAGCGACAUGAGUCAUGGUCUGUCGCGUGUGGUCGUGGAGCCGUUGCAUCCGCAGGAGAGCAGCUGGGUGCCGGCCGAAAUACAGGGUGACAAUUUUCGCUCGUGGACGCACAAAAUAUUUCGCCUCGGACGUAUCUCACGUGAUUUUCGCAUCGUAUUCGAGAUUGUGCCCGAGCUGAAGCAGGGCCAGAAGGCGCAUGUGGCACUUGAUAAUCUGCGCAUGGUCAAUUGUUUUCCGGAGGGCACCAAGUCGGAGAAGUGCAGCACCUCACAGGUCAAGUGCAUGAUGAACAAAGUGCCCGUUUGUAUACCCCUGCCACGGAUUUGCGACAUCACGCGCGACUGCGACGAUGCCGAAGAUGAGCUUCAGUCAUGCGACAAGAUACCCUAUGGCGGUCGCUGUGACUUUGAGGAUGACUGGUGCGGCUGGCGCGACUCUGGCAGAACCACAUUGAUUUGGUCGCGACACACUGGCUCCUCGCCCACUCACGACACUGGACCCGAUGGCGAUCACACACAACAGCAUCUGCUGAACACCACUGGGGGCUAUUAUAUGCUCGUCAACAUGAACCAGCACAUCAACAACACCGAAAAGAGCUCGACUAUUGGAUUUGCCAGCAAUGCCAUCAUGCUCAGCAAGAACUUCAAUCCGCCGCCCUCUGUGCAUGGUAAUCCCGACUCGCCCUAUCGUAACUCGUGCGUGGUGCGUUUCUACAUCCAUCAGUUCGGCAAGAAUCCAGGCAGCAUUAAUCUAUCCGUUGUCGAAAUGAAGGAGAAGGAGAAUAUAACCACCACGCUCUGGUGGAGCACCAGGAACCAGGGCAGCGACUGGCUGCGCGCCGAAUACGUGCUGCCCAACAUUACGUCCAAAUACUACUUGAAUUUUGAGGCGCGCAUGGGCAUGCGCAUCUUUUCGGAUGUGGCUGUCGACGACUUUUCUCUGAGCCCCGAAUGCUUUGGCCUCAACAUACCCGAGGAGCAUCUUAACGGAUACAAUUAUUGGGACGUUAGACAAAAUCUCAAGAGCCCGACACAUCACGACUUUGACCAUACCAACUAUCUAGAAUUGACAACUUGCGACACAAGAGGCAUGAUAGGACCAACGCAAACGCAAUGCGAAAGCGCCUACAAGGAGCAGAAUCAGAGCCAUGUGCUCCGCGAAGUCCACGUUGUGGAGGAUCAGAGCACCUACAAAGGCAUGCAAAAAUGGAAGGUGCCCAACGAGGGUCACUACACCAUCAUUGCCAAGGGUGCCAGUGGUGGUCUGGGUUCUGGAGGCGUGGGCAGUUCGCGUGGUUCUGUGGCCGUCGCUGUGCUGGAACUGCUCAAAAACGAGGAGCUCUAUUUCCUAGUUGGCCAGCAGGGCGAAAAUGCCUGCAUUAAGUCCAUGGGAGUGCACAAGGAGGCGGGCUGCGGCACGGAGCAUGAUCUGGACCUGGGACAAUACAGUUUUCGCUCCAAGCAGGACAUGGUAAAGAACAUUUACAUUGAGAAUGGCGCUGGUGGCGGUGGCGGUGGCUCCUUUGUCUUUCUGCUCAACCAAGCCAAAAACGAGGCGGUCCCGCUGCUGGUUGCCGGCGGUGGCGGCGGCCUAGGCAUUGGCCAAUACAUAGAUGAGGACUUUCAGCAUGGCCAGAAGGCCAAGCCAUUGCAGGCGCCUGAAAGUGGUCAGAUCCACGGUGAGCAGCUAAACAAGAAAACCGCCGGACCCGGCGGCGGCUGGCGCGCCAAAGAGGAUCAGGCGUUGAGUCCCACCUAUGGCGCUGCGCUCCUACAAGGCGGACGCGGCGGUCACUCCUGCUACGUGGAGCUGGCAGACAAUGGCACCACGGUUCAUAGACAUGGCCAAGGUGGCUUUGGUGGCGGCGGCGGUGGCUGCAACACCGGUGGCGGCGGAGGCGGCUACGCAGGCGGUGAUGUUUACCUGAACGAGUCGAACGGCGAAGGUGGCAGCUCUUACAUUAGCAACAGUCGCAGCCUCAGGGAUGCCAGCGAGAUAUAUGCGGGCGCCAGCAGCGGUUCAGGUGCCAUUAUCAUUAUUCCAGCCAUUGAGGGUUGCGGAUGCGACUAUCGCUGCGUGGCCCUGGAUGAGUUUAGGUCCAAGGUGCGAUGCAUCUGUCCGGAUGGCUGGAGCCUGAAGCGGGACAACAACACAGCCUGUGAGCGACAGGAGGAAGCCGGCAAGUCUUCCUUCCAGUAUCUGGUCUCCAUACUAAUGAUCUCCCUGGCCGUGCUCUUCAUCUGCAUAGCUGCGCUCAUAUUUAUGCUAUACAAUCGUUACCAGCGCAAGAAGCAGGCCAAGAUGCGCCACAAAAUGCUCGUCGAACAGGAUCUGCAGCUAAGUCGCCUGCGCCACAACAUUGACGACUCCAAUCUGAACAAUUUUAAUCCUAACUAUGGCUGCGAUGGCAUUCUGAAUGGUCACAUAGAUGUCAACAGUCUGCCGCAGGUGGCACGCGAGAGCCUACAGCUGGUCAAUGCUUUGGGCAAGGGCGCCUUUGGUGAGGUCUACCUGGCGCUAUAUCGCCAUCGCGAUGGCGAUGCUGUGGAAAUGCCAGUGGCUGUGAAGACACUGCGUGAGGAUCCCAAGCGUGAGAAGGAGGAGGAUUUCCUGAAGGAAGCUGCAAUUAUGGCCAAGUUCAAUCAUCCGAAUAUGGUGCAUCUAAUCGGCGUCUGCUUCGAUCGUCAGCCCUACUAUAUUGUCCUAGAGCUGCUCGCCGGUGGUGAUCUGCAAAAGUUUUUGCGUGAGAAUCGCAACACGCCCGAACGACCCUCGCUGUUGACCAUGAAGGAUCUGUUAUUCUGCGCCCUGGAUGUGGCCAAGGGCUGUCGGUACAUGGAGAGCAAGCGGUUCAUUCAUCGCGACAUUGCCGCUCGCAACUGUCUGCUGAGCAGCAAGGGUCCGGGUCGGGUGGUGAAAAUAGCUGACUUUGGCAUGUCCCGGGAUAUAUACCGAUCCGAUUACUAUCGCAAAGGCGGAAAGGCUAUGCUGCCCAUCAAAUGGAUGCCGCCGGAGGCUUUCCUCGAUGGCAUAUUCACAUCGAAAACGGAUGUCUGGUCCUUUGGCAUACUGUUGUGGGAGGUGUUCAGCUUAGGCCGUUCGCCAUAUCCCGGCCAGCAUAAUACACAGGUCAUGGAGCUGGUGGUGCGCGGUGGACGUCUUGGCUCGCCCACCGAAUGUCCCGUGUCCAUUUACAAGAUAAUGGCCGACUGCUGGAAUCCCACGCCCGAGGAUCGUCCCACUUUCACCAGUCUGUUGGAGCACCUAACCGCCUGCACACAGGAUGCAAGCAUUAUGAAUGCACCGCUACCCAAUAUACUGGGUCCGACGGCCUCCGAGCGUGAUGAAACUGUUAUACGGCCGCCAAAUGGCGACGAGUUUUGCCUAGCUGUGCCGGACUAUCUGGUGCCGCUGCCUGGCAACGGCAUGCCGCAUGCACCCGGUGGUGUUGGUGGCUCCUAUGCACCCACUGCUCAGCGCCAGCAAAACACCUGCACGCCGCCAGCUGUCACCUCGCCCGCCGCACCCAAGCCACCCUCAAUGCCGGAACAACUGGAGGGCGCCGCUGCGCUUAACGGCGGCGGCAGCGAUUGCUGGGAAACCUCCUUCAUACUACCCAAUUCGAAGAGCGAUCAGCCGCUGCUCAGCGCCGGCGCGAUCACGACGAUGGCCAGCGGCGAUUCGCAACGCAAUCUACAAGCGGCUGCAGCCGUCGCAUCCAUGGCUGCCUCUGCCACGGCCACGCCCAUACUACGCUCGCCCACGCACAGCGAUGAAGCAAAGUUGAUUAGCUUGGAUACACCGCAGCCGACGCCGACGACCAUACAACCGCCGCUGUCGUUUGCCUCACAACUGGACGGCAUCACGCUAGAUCCGGCGGCUUUGACCAAGAGCCUGGCCAACGGUGGUGCACACAAUGGUGGUACUGGUCCCGCUGGUGGUGCUGCCGGUGCUUUAGGUGUUGCCGCCAAUGGCAGCGCCAAGCAGUCCUAUGCCAAUGUACAGGUGCAGCUGAAGGGCGAACAGGAGCGGGAGUGCAGCAAACUAAAUGGCAGCCUGCCCGCUGGCAAUGGAGCGAUUAUCAAUGGAGAGACAUCGACGGGCGGAGCCAAUGCAAAUGACUCACCCUUCACCAUACAAGGCUAUGCGGAGCGUUACAAGGACAACAACAAUCAUUCCGAAAUCAGUUGUUAGAGCAGCAUAGCAGAAAAAGUUAAGCACAGGGUGACUGUGUGUGUGAGUUUACCGCUACAGGGUGUCGCACGGCUGCAGGCUCAAAGCUUGCCGAAAGCCGAAGUUAUCGAUAAUUUAUCGCAGCUUGUGAAUACGGAUAUGUCUUGUUUAGGGCCCCGGCCCAGUCACAUUUUGUUUGAGAGCUAAAACGCAUUAUGCACAUUUAUGGCAAAAACAAACAGAAAAAAAAAAAAACAAAUCGAGUGAGAAGUUCACAAAAAUUGUAUUGUAAUUUAUAAUUAAAAAUUUGUAUGCGUCAAAGAACUCACACAUAAUUACAUAUAUGAGAAACAAGAAAAGAAAUAAUAAUGAAAAUUAGUUGAAAAUUAGUUUUAGUUUUAGUUUAGUUUAGUUUAGUUUUUGUAAGCCAUUAGUUUGCCAAUUGCAAGAGGUUGUAUAUACGUAUAUUUGAUGUAUUUAAAUAUCUUGAGUUUGCCGCAAUUUUUUAUAAUUGAAUAUUAUUUUAUUACUUAAGCUGCUGACUGAAAUGCUAAACAAUAUUCCUAAACAACAAAUUUGCUUAUAUUUUAUACGUAUAAACCAUGUAGUCGAUGUGUGUCCAACAGACAACAAUAAAACAUACCAACGCAUAGUCAUUUAUUGAUUUAUUUUAGUUAUUUUCCUAAUUUAUAUUUUGUAAUGCAAUGUAGUCUAUAUUCAAACAGCGAGCAUAUUUUUAAUAUAUAUUUUUUAGUACCCUUUUUUGCUGUUUAUUUUUUUACUUUUGUUUUCGUAUUGACCUGUAAAUAAAAGCUUCCGUCGUAGCAUAUGAACUUACGUAUUUUAUAUCUAAGCUAAAUUUAGCAUGUAAAAUAUAUAUACAUAUAUAAAGAUUAUAAAAAGAAACAAAAAGUAAAAACUACAAUUUACAGGGUGAUUUUUAUGAAAAUUCAGUUGUAUGUUUGAAAAACAAAAAUUAGCGUUAACCAAUUACGAAAACAAAAACAAAAACGUGUUUUAAAUUUAGUUUAAACAUUUUUGUUGGGCGCCAUAUUUAAUUUUAAAAACAACAUAAAAUGGUUAAUGAAAUUUGUAUAUUAGUGAGUGCAAGAACAUAUUUGUAAAAUAUUUUUUUUUUUUUUUCAAUUUUUGCGUUGACCAACCGAAAGCAAGCAGCGGCUGCUUCAAUUGUGCAACUCGCAUUUGUUUAAAUAAUUAAGGAAUAAAAAAAGAACAAAAACAAAAAAACGUUGUUUUUGCAUGUGUUAAAUUGCAAUGCAUUCAAAGGUCGAAGGUCGAGAGGUGGUUAUUCAAAUUUUUACAUUUAGUUCAGACGUAACAAACAAGCUUUAAAUUAUAUAAUUUUUAUAAAAAUAUAUAUACACAUGGCAUAAAAUAUACAAAAAACAAAAAGAAAACCAAAAUGAAAAGGCAUACAUAUUUAUAUUUAACAAUAAAUGUAUGCAUUAAAAAUCCAAAAACAAAAACUUGAUAAAUUAUACAAUACACAAGAAGAAAAAGAAAAACAUUGAGCUAAAAUGGGCUAAUUUGUGCGCCAGGCUUAGUAAAUAUAUAUUAACGAAAAAUUUAAUUUAUAUGAUGUAUAUGUACGUAUGUAUAUUAAAUGUAAGCAUAUUCAGUGUGUGUUAACGCCGGCAUAUAGGUAUAUACUUAUGUAUAUGGAUAUGACAUCUAAGAACACAAACCCAAAUAAACAAAAUGAUAACGAUAAUAUGUAUGUGUAUGUUUUGCUUAUGUACAAGUCUACAGUUAUAUGCGCAUACAUUUAUAUAAAUACAUAUAUACUAAUAUAUAUAUAAAUAUGCAUAUAUAAACAUAAUGUAUCUAACUAUAUAUACAUACAUAUAUGUAUAUAUAUGUACGACAAAACAAAUAAAUUAAUGCUGAAUACGCAAAACAGAAUACAUAAUAUUCGAGUAUGUAAAUUACAUUCAAAUGCAUAGGUAAAACAUCAACAAGGAUGUGUACAAACAAAAAUGAAAAGUUAAAAAAAAGAACUUAAAAAUAAAUAUGCAUCACAUUAAAUCACAAAAUGAAAAGAAACGAAAAUAUGCUUCAAAUAUAUGUCAACAUUCACCGCUAACAAUUUAGAACUUAACUUAAAACUUACUUUUUGCUCAAAUGUGGAUCGCAACAAAUUGAUUUGCAUUCGGUUCUUUGCGAUUGAGAAACUAAAUACAUUGCAUAUUUACGUAUGUCAUGGAGUAACAUUUAUACUAUAUGUACUUACUUAUAUAUGUGUAUCUAUUAUGGUUGUGCCGAGGCAUGUAAGGGCGUCUCUGAAAAUACCCCAAAUACAAAUACAUACCUACCAAAAAAAAAAGAAACAAACAAAAAGAAAAUAUGCGUUAAAU